GUCUCAUGAUGAGACACGAUGAGAGGGCAUGUGACUUCAAAUCACUUACAGUCUUUGACAAAGUUGAUCACACAUCUCUGGGUAGGCACUAGGGAGAAUAAUAACAACAAUAGAAUAGUGUAAAUGGCAUAAUAAUAUGCUCAUCGUGCCAUGUGGCAUUAUGCAGAUGAACUUAGUACAUGCCUGGGCAGCCCCACUGAGGACUUGAAUGGGGAGGAUUAAUACCAGAUGUUCAUUGGGACCCAGUGGGCAGCCAAUAGAGAGGAGGGCCAUUUGGUCUGUGGGAGGAGCUCAGUCUCUCCUCUGAGCUCAAGAUUUAUUCUAACAGGUAGUUCAAAAAACCAAACAGGUCAACAGCAGCAGCAGCAGCAACAGCAGCAGCAGCAGCAAGACAUAGACUAACGAAGCGGUUAUCCUGUGUGGAGGACGUUUCUUUAACCGCAUUGUAUUUCUGGAUAUGCCCGGACGCCGCUCUCCAGCAUGCUGAGCAGGAAAGGUUCUUGUGCGGGGAUGAUGAGUGCUGCAGCCGGAGUAGACCGCAGCAGGGUCGGGGAGAGGCUGCAGGCGGCUCUGGCCGGUCUGCAGGAGCUGCAUCUGCUGAAGGACAGACAGAGAGACAUGGUGAGCUGGGCGCUGAGGGUGGACCGAGAGGAGCCGGUCACUUCUGUCCACGCAGGCCCGGAGGGUCCUAUGAUGAUGAUGAUGGGGGCUGAGGAACAGCGCCUGGAGGCGACCCUGACAGCCCUGAAGCAACAGCUGUCUCGUCUUCGGAAACAGGAUGUAGGCCUGAAGACUCACUUGCAGCAAUUGGAUCAACAGAUCAGUGAGCUGAAGCUGGAUGUGAGCAAGGCCUCCACAGAGCAGCUGGAGAGUGACAGCAGGCCAAGUUCAGGUUUCUAUGAGCUUAGUGAUGGCGGCUCUUGCUCGUUGUCCAACUCCUGUACCUCUGUGUACAGCGAGUGUCUGUCAUCUUCCCAGACAAGCCUCCUUCCCCUUCCCAUGAGCCCUGCUAAUUCUUACAUUAGCCCUCCAUCACAAGCUGAUGUAUGUCGCCGGCGUUCUGCUGAUGAGAGCACUACCCAGCCCAACCCGCCGCGGGCCACUGGCCUCCACCUGGGCAGCAGCAGGAUCCGAGCAAGCACUACUAGCACCGAACAGGCACGACCAAGACCUGUGUCAACAGGUGAUCUUGAAAGAAUGAUGGCUCAAGGGCUGGGCUACUACAAAUCUGUGGAUGCAAGGAAAGUGUGCACAAACUUGAAGACCUCCACAUUGGAUCCCAAAUUCCAGAACAACUUGGUGUCCCGCAGUGGGACGGAAGUGUAUCACUACCCCAGCCCUCUGCACGCAGUGGCUCUCCAGAGCCCAAUCUUUUCCCAUGGGGCCGACCCAGCCACACCCAGACUCCUAGAGGGCCAAGGAGCCCCAGUGAACGGUUCUGACACCCUCCAGAGGGCACAAAUGGGUUAUGAGACCAAGACCCUGGGUUAUAUUGACAAGCUCCUCCUGCGCAGCUUGAGCAAAAUCCAAAGUGAAACUUGCACCGAAACUAUGCAGACACAGAGUGCCUGUCAUAGGAAGCCCACUGAAAUUGUAACUGUGUUUCCUGAAGCGUCACAAAAAGAGGUGUCGAUGCUGGAGCCUCUUCCAGCACAGACCACAAACACCAUCUCGAUAGAUAGCAACCAGAAGAGACACUGCAUGACAUACUCCAGCCAAGAGCUAGCUGAUAACACAAACCAUAAAGAUUCAGUGAGAGCCCCAGAAGCCUCAUACCGAUACUCUUAUCCUGCUGCCACAAGGGAAUACAGCUCUGAUGAGGUCACCACUUCAUCCCUGAGGACAAAUGACAAACCCAAAGGACAAUAUACUAGUGAAACAAGAACCAAUUCAGAGAAAAGGUGUGGGGACAAUCCACAGUCAAUGCAACAAGAGUGGAACGGCCAAAGGCAAAGAAUGGUGAUGGCCCACAGCUCUAGCACAGAGGAGAGCCAAGGCUUUGAGGUUCACACUGGUCACAGAUCCUCCCCUGAGUUUGUCCAUGCCAAAUUUCUCCCUGCUGGAUCUCAGAGGGUCAAGGUGAGACAGGCAGACCGUAAAACCAAAGCUGUGAAACUGAGAAGAAAAAGCAGUGAGAAGCCUAGAGCUGUGAGGCAGCAACAUGGCUACUCCUCCAGUGAAAGGAUCAGAGAGGCCAGUGGUGGAACCAAGGGGGAACAGAGAAGAUCAGGGAAAGGUAAAGUGACCCAGAAAUGUACCACCUGUCACACAGAGGAACGCAGACAGGGCUCAGGCUCAGACUCCAGCCACUGUAGCCCAGGACUCACAUACACCCACAAGGUCCAUCCAAAACCACAUCCCAUCCCUGCUGCUACAAAGUCCAGCAAAAGCCGCAGACUGCAGAGUCUGGAGUAUGAGCAGCCUGUAGAGCAGAGGAAAAGGAGGCAGGGGGCUGCCAAAUGGCCGUCUGAGGUGGAGAUGUUCCAGGCCUCUUGUGCUCAACGUCAGAGGUCAAAAGAUCCCCAUGUUCAAGCACUAGGAAGCAUGCAGAUGGUCCGUAGUGUGAGUGCCAAGCAAGGCCAGUGGAUAGCUCCUCGCUCCUUCCAGUCCUCCAUGUCCUCUAACUCUUUUCUCCACAAUCUUAAUGCCAGAUACCCCCCAGCACCCUUCCAUAUGUCCAGCCACUAUCCACCCAGAUGUGAAUCUGAAUAUUCGGCCGAAUGUGCCUCACUGUUUCACUCCACCAUUGCUGAGAGCAGUGAGGGUGAGAUGAGUGAUAACACCACCAAUCGGUUUGGAGAUAGCGAGUCCAGCCAAAGCUAUCAGUCCUUCUCGGACUCUGACAGCAGCCUGUCCCUGGACGAGGACGACCAGGUGGACAGCCAGGGGGAGGAGAGAGGUCUGGUAUGGGCUGAGGCUGCUCUAGGGCCCACUGCCGCUGGACUGCCCCUCCAGCAGCUCCCACGCCCCGAGCCAUCAGCCUGCCGCAUCAAAGCUUCCCGAGCCCUAAAGAAGAAGAUUCGUCGGUUCCAGCCUGCCUCCCUGAAGGUCAUGACCCUGGUGUAGCAAAUUUCCCCCUGGGCAGAAUGAAAACUGUUAGGAAAACAAGGAGAACUGUGGGAAAUGCUUCCAAAACUGUUUGGAAUGAUCUCACCUGGUCCCUCAGCACAACACCCUUAAUCAUCACAGAGAAGCAACAGUUGGACUGUAUCGGUGCACUGAUAGUUAAAACAAACAAAAAAAAGUUAAGAAUUUACAAUGGUUGGAUCUGAAACUGUAAAAAUGGUGCAUAAACAUGUACAUAACACAAUUAUUACACUUACACUUUGUAGAUAUUUAUGUUACAAUUAAAGUUUCUCAUAGCAUGUGACUGCAAUUGACAAUUUCAUGUAUAUGUAUAAUUAUAUGUA